CGCGGUGAAAAUAUUUGUUUGAAGAAGCUCAUUAUGUCUUGUUCGGACACUCAAACUUCGAACAAAACAUGGGAAUUAAGUUUGUACGAGCUCCACAGGACACCUCAAGAAGUAAUAACAGACACGACAGAAAUAGCGGUUUCUCCAAGAAGUUUGCAUAGCGAAUUAAUGUGCCCAAUCUGUCUCGAUAUGUUGAAAAAUACCAUGACAACAAAAGAGUGUUUGCAUAGAUUCUGCCAGGAAUGCAUCAUAACUGCUUUGAGAAGUGGUAAUAAAGAAUGCCCUACAUGUAGAAAAAAACUAAUAUCAAAAAGAUCCUUACGACCAGAUCCAAAUUUUGACAUGUUAAUUUCUAAAAUUUAUCCGAGCCGUGACGAGUAUGAAGCACUUCAGGAGCGUGUCAUUGCGUCGUUAAAUAAAAAACAUAAUCAUGCUCUCGCUCAUAGCAUAGAAGAAGGAAUGAGAAUUCAGGCGCUUAAUAGAGCCCAAAGAGUUAGAAAAAAUGCUCCCGAGGAACCUAAUGACAAUAAUAACAAUAGCAAUGCCAGUACUACUAAUCCUGCAACUACAGUAAAUAGCAGCGCUGUUAGUGCUAAUGAAAAUAGUAACAGUAUGACAGCUCCACUUACCACUUCCCCACCUGUUCCAACGCCCCCUCCCCGUCAAACCCCUACUCCUGGUAGUUCGAGCGAUGCAAACUCCUCACAGCCACAACAGCCAAGGAAACGUUUGAAAACUCUUUCUGAAAAUGAAAGUGUUGGUUCUGGUGUGGAUCAAGAAAAUGACAAUGACCUCGCUGAGGAAAGUACAGAAGGCACUAAUCAAGACAUUGAGACAGAGGGCCCUUCGGAAUCUUCCGUCAAUGAAAUUGAACUUGUUUUUAAACCUUAUCCACAUGACAGGGAUGAUCACGAACCAACUUAUGCUCAAGUCCGGUACAUCAAAACGACAGCCAAUGCUACAGUGGAUCAUCUCUCAAAAUAUUUGGCUAUGAGAUUUGCUUUAGACAAGCAAGAUGAAUUAGGCUCAGAAGCUCCAACUGAAAUUUCUCCAUUUUCCAUCUACAUCGCUGUUACUCCGGGACAAUUUUCUUUGCUUGAUGGAAAUGUCACUCUUGACCAGGUGAAUGAAAAAUUUUGGAAAGUUAACAAACCUCUUGAAAUGUUCUACUCUUUCAAGAAACCAUGAAGCUUUAUAUUUCCAUUCAUUCAAACAUUUUUGUACCAAACAUGAAAUUAGCUAACAUAUCCCAUGCUUAUUAGAUGCAAAUUUGUGAUUCUAAGUUACAAGAAAGCACUUAUUUGGUGUUGGAAAAGAAGUUAUGUAAGAAAAAUAACUGCUUAAGUAUUUUUCUCAUGUGAUUCCAUUUCUUGAUGAAGAAUGAAAUUUCUUUAACACUAAACUGUUUGCUUAGUUUUUUUAUUUUUUAAUACAAAUUUGUUUUUAAUAACAUUAGAGAUAUGUUAAUGUGUACAGCAGGUAUAAGCUAAUUUUUUGCAACCCAAAAUAAUAUGUUAUUUAUUUUUUUAAUUAAUACAUUUAUGUCCUCAUACAAAGUUAUAUGUAUUCAUAGUUGUUAAUCCUUGUUAAUCUAUUGUUUUUGUUACCUUUAAAAAAAUCAUUUUCAAAUGAGUUCAAUGAAUUUAUAUAUAAACUAAAGACUUGAAUGAAUUGCAUUAUAGCAAAAGCAUCAAGGUUGAUUGUAAAUGUCCCAAAUUUAUACUUUUAAGAUUUUCUUCUUAUCUCAUUUUGUUAAAAAUUGUAUUCAUGUGUAAAAUUCACUCAAACCAUAACUUAUAUUUAUUAUUUCAUAAGCAUUUCAUUACUGAAAAAUCACUAAAUUAUUCUUAUUAUUUUUGCAAUAUGUUACUGUUGGUUCUGUUAAUGGUGUAAUGUGUCAAAGCAUCAGUAUAGCCUAAUGGAGCCUAAAAAAAUGGACACACCUUGCUAUUUGUUGAUGUUUACAGUAAGUACUGUCUGGCUUUAGAAGAAUAAGCCUUUAAGGCUGUUGAGGUGAAUAAGAUAUUUAUAUUGGGAACUGAAAGUAACCAACACGCCACCUGGCGAGAGAAUCUAAAUAGGAUAAGAUAGCGAUUGCCCACUCUUUGGCAUGUAAAGUUUUAAAGCAAAGGGGAAAAAUGCCAUGCACAAAUUUUAACUUAUUGAACACAAAUGAGAAGCUCUAAAGCUGUUAUAUUUGCAGAAGCUAUGAUACAAGUAUGGUCUAGCUAAAUUAAAAAAAAAAACUUAGUGUUAAUCGGCACAGCCAAUUAGAUUAAUCAGUACAAAAUAUGCAUUUAAAACAAAUUUAAAUGUUUUAAUUUUUUAAAAGAAUUUAAAAAUAAAAAAAAGUUAAUUAAAAAAACAAAGCAUAUGUGCCUUAAAAAUUUUUUUUUUAAAGUAUUUUUAAUGUUACGCAUUAUGCUGCAUUUUAUUCAGAUUUUAAAUGAUUCUAAAAAAGACAGAACAAACCAAAUGAUAAGUGGUACAUAAAAAAAGUAUAUGUUUUCAGAGACUGCAUAUUUAUACUGAUAAAUAAUAUAACUAGUACUUAAAAAACUAAAGUUAUUGUUCUUUAACGGUGUACUGUGAUUUUUCACUACCAAUAAGUAAUUCAAAAUACCUAUAACAGCAUGCAAUCUUCCUGUGUAGAAAUAUAAGCACCAAUAGUGAAAAAGGAAAAGAUUAAAAAUGGUAAAAGAUCAAAUGAUUGUGAACAGUAAAAGAGCAAAAGAAUGAAUGUACAAACAUAUACCAAUUCGAGGAAUCAAAAUAUAAAAAGUAAAUCGAUAAAUCUACAUUUAUUAAUGCAUUAAGAAUGACCAAAUUUUAACAAACCAAACAUAGAAUUUCAAAAAGGCAAGAAUAUGGCUAAAAACAAUUAGAAAAAUAAUGAUUCAUAAUAGCUUAAUAACAUAGCAGAAGAUAGUAGCAAACAAGUAGUUUUUGUUUCUAUCCUAUUUAUGGCGCCACCUAUAGUUACUUUCUGUUCCCAAUAUGCCUCCUGCAGGCCACAGUAGAACGGGUUCAAUUCUUCUAAUACCAGAAAUCAAGCCAAUCGAAGUAAAAUGCAUUGAUCUGAACCACUGGACCACAUGAGAAAUAAAAUAGUCAACUGUUGG